AUGGUGGCAGAUCCUGGAGUAAUAGACCUUGCCCGGCGGAAGAGGCAGAGGCAGCGGGAGAAGGUUAGGUCAUCAGAAAAUGCUAUGGCACCGGCGCAAGUGAAAAAAGGAGAGUUCGCCACUAUAGAUUUGGAUCCUAGUGCACACGAUGCUCCGAUGACUGACACUGAUGGGGGUCUAGGAGGGCAUAGCACUCGAGGAAUGCUGCAUCGGUUAGAAGUGGAGAGGAAACGGGAACAGUUAAUGGAGUUUGGUGAUGAGGAUGAUGAUACGUGGGCUGAUGCCCAAAUCAAGAAGGUAGCGGGACUACAGAAGUUGAAGGAGUUCCAACAGAAGAGAGCUGAUGCUGCUUUGAUGGUUGAGAAGACGUCAGGAGAGAAAAUGGCAGAGGAUCUGUUUGCUGCUGAUCCCAUACCUUCGUUGGAGGAGGCACUCGAUGCAGUCUACCGCAAGAUCCACUCCGAAAAGGUCCACUUGAUAGACUUCCAAGGCCGACAUAGAAAAUUGGAGACGGACCGAGCUGAGAGCCAGCGGUGCUUGGACCGCAUCGAGAGUGACAGUCUAGAGGAGAAUGAGAAACUUGACGUUAUUACGGAUUUCCGUUCCUAUGUGGAGGAUCUUGGUAGCUUCCAUGAUGCCAAAUAUGAUCAAACUGACAACGCUCUUAACCUCUUAGACAACAUCGAAAAGAAUGUAUGCCGCACGCAUGAGGAGAGGCAACUGAAGGCUCUGAUGACAGAUUACGCACAGGCGUCUGAAGAUGAUUCCGAAGAGGCUCGACUAGCAGAGGCGAGGAGGUCGGAAGAUGGGUAUAUUACUAGUGAUGGGGAGUACUCCGAUAUCGAGGAGAAUGAUGACCAAACAUGGCAGGCUCUUGCCAAGGAUAAGAAGAAGUUCCUGAAGGCGGCUCACCUACAGAUUAUGGGUGAUGUUUCUGAUGACUUCAGUUCGGUACGAUCGAUCUGCCAGGAGUUUCAGAAGGUUCGUACAGCAUGUCCCAAGCUGUAUAAACAAGCCUUCCUCGGUGCCAGUCUUGAGGAGGCAGUGGCCAUCCCUGUGAG